AUGGUUUACGUUGAAGAAAUCACUAGCCAAGUAUCAUCUUUUGGAAAUUUAUGCCUUCCGGUGCGGUUUGGUGCGGAUUUCGAGCGUGGAUUGAGAGUUUUAGUUUCUCAAACUUAUAUUAUGUCAAGCGCUAUAUCCAGAGAACGGGGUAAAGGGAAGCCGUACACUCAAGAUGCUUUGAAUGUUGGCGCUUCGCACCAUGCUGGUGCUGCUUCAAUGCCGAUGGGCGCACCUCAGCCCUCUUUUGCUACCCCAACUAUUCAGAAUAUCCCUGCGCCACAACAAGAGUAUGAUAUAACAAGUCCCACAAUGUGUUUACCGGUGGGCACAACGAUACAUCCAAUGGGAUACGGUAUGUCGAUUCUGCACGGCGGCCAUUACGUGGCGAGGCCAGGCAAUGCUCCUCCAAUGCGUGCUCCACCUCAACAGUACUAUCCACCACAACAGAUGUUCGUUCAACAACAGCAACAGUUUUAUCCUGGACCCCAAUACUCACGACAACCUGGUAUGGACUAUGAUCCACAUACAGCUACGAUGAGUACCAUGUAUAUGGGUCAACAAAUGACGCAUCCCGCCCCGAUGCCUAUACAGCCGCCACCACAGCAAAUACAACAGCAACGAAAUAAAAGCGCGAGGGCAGAUGCAGCUGCUGAAGCGAAAAAGGAUGAAGGAAAAGGACGAAAGGACAUAGAUGAGACACAACAAAAGAAAUCAGAAUUAAUGCGGCAGUUUGCUCGUCAACUCCAAGAACGAAAUGAAAUGGAUCAAGCAGAAACAACGACAACAACAGCGACAUCCACGCCGCCGUCGACAAAGCCGAACUCAGUCUCGCCUGAACCUCAUGCGGAAGCGGCUUCUAGUUCAGUAUCUGUCGUCGAUGAACCAAAAUCAGUAGAAGAAGAACCCACUCCAGAGGCCGCACAGGUUCCAUUGAAGGAAGUCCCGGCAGAGGAACCACCGGCACCGGAAGUGAAGCCAACUGUAAGCGAACCAGCGCCUGACGAACAUGCACCUGCCGUCGAAAGUGCAACAGAGCCAGUCGCUGAAGUUGCUGAACCGAUUGCCGAACCGCCGAGACCCGUAACGCCUGUGGAAGAGGAGACCAAAGCCAAGUCGCCAGUUGUAAAAGAGGAGGAGGAAGAAGAAGAUUCUGCCCGUCCAUCUGCUGCCGCAACACCCGAGGUGCCCAGCGAAGCUGAGGAAAGCAGUGUCAAGUCCGAAGCCGCACCAGCGGAGACCGUCACCUCCACAACAACAGUCACCACGGAUCACCCCUCAGUCGCCGAUAUCGAACCGGAAGAGUCUUCAGUGGAUGCUACGGAAACCCCAGAUGCACCCACUCCAGAUACGGAAGAAGAGGAACGACGCAAAGCAGAGGAGGAGGAAGAAAGGAGGCGACAACGUGAGGCAGAACUUGACGCUCAAUUGCACGCCCUCGAAGCCAAUCCUGCUGAAGUGGAUAGGGAGAAUUUGAUAUACGGAAGGGCAUUCCUGUAUUGUGUUAGGGAUAUCGAGAAAGAGUUCAAACGAUGUCCUUGCCCACUUAGCCAUGAUGUGAUAGUAAAAUUGGGUAUAGAUUUAAAUUCGAUGCCUAAAGGAAGUGAUAAUAAGAAGCAGCACAACUUUAUACCACCAUGGAUGAACCCGUCUCGACAGUCAAACAAACCAUCGAAUCGACCGUAUGCUGGUCGUUAUUCGCAUAACGAUCAUCGCGGUGGCAAAGGCGGUGGAAACAAAAAAUUUCCUCCAUCGGCUAGGCCAUCGAUCGAACGAAACAUCGAACGAGCCGUUCCUCUACAUAAAGCUGAACAUGCAUGGAAAGCUGAGAAAAUUCGUCCAGAAGAUUUGGAAAAAGAAGAAGCGAGAGUUAAGCUUUUGCUCAAGAAUGUUCGAUCCUUGAUGAACAAGAUUACACCAACCACCAAGGACGAGUUGAUAAAAGAAUUCCUCGACUAUAAUGUGUCAUCCAGUCCUGAACAGCUGACUUCGGUAAUCAAUAUUAUCUUCGACAAAGCCGUUGAAGAGCCAAAAUUCUGUCCAAUAUAUGCCGAAGUCUGUAAACAGCAGGUUGACAAAGAACUGAAAGAGAAUUCGAAGCUUUCCCUUUGUCGUAAUGCUCUCCUUAAUCGGGCCCAAGAAACUUUCGUCAACAAAUCUUGGGAGGAUGAACGCAACAUAAAGGUGAAGGAAAUCGAAGCUGAAGAGGAUCCGAAGAAGAAGCUGCAGAUGGAGUUAGAUCUUCAAGAAGCCGAUAAUAAGUUCCGGCGGAGAAAGUUUGGAAAUAUCACCUUUAUCGGACAAUUGUAUCGCCAGUCUUUGUUGUCUACUAAAAUCGUGCAAUGGUGCCUGUUUGAUCUGAUUAAGCAUUCCCAUCGAAAUCCUGACACCGGAAAGCUCCCCGAGCCCCCUUAUGAUGAGGAAUCACUUCAAUGUGCUAUUCAACUGAUUGAAAGCCUCGGGAAGCAAUUAGAUCUGUCUACUCCUGAGUUUAAUGGCAAAGAAUACUUGGAUCAAACUUUGAAACAUCUCGAAUGUAUAUCUGGCAUGUGUACAAACAAAAUUAGGUUUAUGAUAAUGAAUGUGAUCGAAUUGCGACAAAACCGGUGGAUCCCUCGAAAAGGAGUUGAUCAGGGACCUAAGAAGAUUGCUGAGAUUCACAAUGAAAUCAAGCGUGAGCAAAUGGAGAAUCAAAUGCAAAGGGAUCAGUAUGAUCGAAAGCUACGAACUGGCGGCAGCACGUCUCAACACGGCCGAAAUCCGCCUGUUCAGCGAAGUUCGCUCGACAACAGGUUUGGACCCAAAGGUGGAGAUCGCCGAUCCAUUGCAGCUUCAAAAUCCAAGCAAGCCCCAUCCAGCGUUCAGCCCAAGAACGUUAGUUUGUUAUUGAAGGGUGAUAACUCAUUAGGAGCAACCAGGAAAACAUGGCACCAAGGAGCUGGCGGUGGUGGAACUAUCACAACGGAAACCACGAAAGCUGGCUGGCAAAAAGGCGCCAGAGAUGAAGCACAACGAAAGCAUUCAGUUCCGGCAUCACUAUCGUUUGCAAACUUCGGUGGAAAAAAAUAUGAGAAAAACUCCAGAGACGUUACCGACGAACGCGCUGCAUCAUUGGCAGCAGCAAAGACGAUUUGUUCUGGAAAAGCCGAGUCUACGCCGGAAACUGACUCGGAAGAGGUGAAAGCCGCUCUCGAAGAAAAGUACCAGAAAAUUGGUAAAGAGGUCGGCGCGAUUCUGGAGAGCUAUGAUGAAGGCGAUCUGAAGAUUGAUGAAUGCGUCCAAGAAAUUUUCAAAAUAGCUUCUUCCGAGAAGUUUGGAUGCCCGAAUAUCAAUGAAAUUUUCUUCCGGUUUACGGAAUAUGCUGUCGAAAAGGUUCGGAAACCUCAACUUCCCAAACUUGGAAACAUGCUUUGUCUCGCAUUGCAAGACGAAGAGAAAAAGCCUGAAGCCCUGGCAGGAAUGUCGCGAUACUGCACAUUGGCUGUCGAGGCUGAAAUGUGGAUGGAUAUCCCCGACAUAUGGAGUAAAUUAGCUGAGUUACUAGUGAAUGCCGUAUAUUGUGAUUCGAAUCUGAUAUCCGGCUCUCGACCAUCGUUCAAAGAUUUCACGAAUGUGUUCUUGGAAGCAUCAAAAGAUGACCGAAAGGACAAGUCGUUUGAGUUACUUGUUGUAUCACUGAAGAGAAUGGCGGAGAUGAGUGCGAAACUGGAUGCGAGCGAUCAUGCAACAAUGUCAUCGUUUGUCUAUCAAGAAGAGGUGUUGCCAUUCCUCCAAAAUAUUGACCAAGAGAAGCUGGAUAACGCACUGCGGGCGUGCCGACCUGAAGUGCCAGGUUUUGAAGAUCUAUAUGCGGUAUUGCAUCAUCAUUAAUAAGUAUGUUCCUGUGUGUAUGUGACUCAAUGUUUUUCUCUUUGGUAGUAUGAAGCGAAACGCGCCUUUCUACUCAAUUUCAAUGCUGGUUCUACUUGUGCACAUUGCACAAGUCCCUUCGCUCAUUUGUUUCAUUUUUGUCUUCAUUUUUGAUAUGAAUGCCCGUUUUACUAUGGCUCAUAUCAUAAUAUCGCUAUCAUCCUGCAUAUAGCAAAUAUACUUAGCAUCUAUCCAAAUAACUCAACAACGGUGUUCUUCUAUUCGAAUGUUUGCCAAAUUCCUAUGAUUUUUCUUUUGUCCCCGUUCUCCAAGACUGUGUUCGCCAUGCGGCAGGUGUUUUGCUAGUCAGAGGCGCUUCAUAGACCGUCGGUUUUUCCUUCUUUACAAAGCUUUCUCAAAGAAAUUGCUCCCCAGAUGUGUUUCACUUCACUUCUUUAUCGCGUUCUUCCUAAUACGAUUAUAAUACACGCACAUACAUCUGAAGCUACUACACGGCUUAUCUCCAAUUGCUCUUGCAUUGCCGCUGCUGCUGCUCCGGGGUAUUCUAUCUAUAUAUUUGAGACGCGCUAACUUCUACUUCUUCUUCAUCAUCAAAUACAAGUCCUUACACAUCUAUUGUUGAUGCGUUUCCGCUUCAUCUAGAGUUAUCUAGAGUUCUAUACGACAUUUUUAAUUAUUAUGAGUGUAUUACCGCGAUGGUUUUUCAUCAUUUUUGUUUGUUGUUCGGUGUUUUUAUUGAUAUUGUAUUUUUUGCGUGUGUGCUGCUUUCUGCUGCUUUUGUACUGCGCCCGCUCAUCCCGCCCACUCCCGUUCCAAGCAGUCCGGUUACUUAGUGAUCGACUUUUAGCCAUAGCUUGGCUGACUUCGAUCACUGCAGGGUAGUCACUGUAGUGUACACGACUUAUCAUCAUACUUGCUGCAACCGAAUUAUGUCCAUAAUUCGCCAGAAGCUCUGUUCUUGUUGACUAGGUAUGCAAUUGUUUCGAAUAUUCUUAUUCAUAUAUACUGUAGCUCUUACCUAUUUGAGUGUGGUAAUUUUCGAUGGGUCCUUUCGUCUCCUUUCUUUUGAUAUUACUUUUGUCUUCUUUCGUCAUCAUUCGUUUUGAUGAUUGAUAAUUUAAUUAAUUGAUGAGCGAUCACACACAUUGUUUGUUUCAGUGAUCAUGUAAUAAUCUUUCUUAGAGAUGCCUCGUGACGUUGACGGGUUGACGGCAUCCGUCAACGUCCCUGCCUUAAUAUCCUAUUCUCUCACUGACAUCGACAUACCAUCAUGUAGCUGUGCAAAUGGCGGCUGCAUGGCAAAAAGUUUUGCGAAAAAACAAAAUGUGAAUCUUAUCCAUUCGUGCUCAUCCGCUCCAUGGUUGUCGUGUCAGUCAUUGUUGAAGGGAAACAGACGUUUAACACAAAUCCCAUGCGUUUUCUUAUUUACUAACCAUUGUUUUUCUAUUCGUUAGCCUAGAGAAAAUAUAAAAAUUCGGC